CUCUGGUCUGGAGGAUCCUCUUCGUUUGUCUGAAUUCUUUGGAGGGAAGAGAGCCGGAAUAACCCAAGUCCACCACCAUGGCAAAAUGUGGAGAGUGCGGGCCGGGAUACAAAACCCCCCUGGAUGCAAUGAAAGGGCCACGGGAAGAGAUCGUCUACCUGCCUUGCAUCUACCGAAACACCGGAACAGCAAAACCAGAUUAUUUGGCCACUGUGGAUGUGGACCCCAAAUCCCGGACUUACUGCCAAGUCAUCCACCGCCUGCCGAUGCCCAACGUUAACGACGAGCUGCACCAUUCCGGCUGGAACGCCUGCAGCAGCUGCUUCGGAGACACCACCAAAAAGCGCAACCGUCUCCUUCUUCCCAGCCUGAUCUCGUCCCGGGUAUACGUGAUCGACACCGGCACCAACCUGCGGGCCCCCAGGAUCCAUAAGGUUAUCGAGCCCAUUGACCUCUAUUGGAAGUGCAACUUGGCAAAUCCUCACACCACACAUUGCCUGGGCACUGGUGAGAUCAUGAUUAGCACCAUGGCUGACCCUUCCGGCAACGGAAAAGGGGGUUUUGUGCUGCUGGAUGGAGAGACCUUUGAGGUGAAGGGUAACUGGGAGAAAGGCACCAAAGUCCCACCAUUUGGCUACGACUUCUGGUACCAGCCCAGGCACAAUGUCUUGAUGAGCACUGAGUGGGGAGCGCCCAAGUGCUUCGCCUAUGGGUUUAACCCAGCCGAUUUGGAGAAAGGCUGCUACGGCGGAAACAUCAACGUGUGGGACUGGACCACUCACGAAUUCAUCCAGACGAUCGACGUGGGCAAGAACUCCAUUCCGCUGGAAAUCCGAUUUCUCCACGACCCAGAUGCGGCCGAGGGAUACAUUGGCUGCGCUCUCAGCAGCGCCGUCCACCGUUUCUACAAGACCCCGGAAGGAACCUGGGCAGCAGAGAAGGUGAUUCAAAUUCCGAACAAGAAGGUCGAAGGAUGGCUUCUGCCGGAAAUGCCAGGUCUCAUCACCGAUAUCCUGAUCUCCCUCGAUGACCGUUUCCUGUAUUUCAGUAACUGGCUUCACGGAGAUAUCCGCCAAUACGACAUUUCCAACCGCCGGAAGCCCAAGCUGGUGGGACAGGUGUUUGUAGGAGGCAGCAUUGUCAAAGGGGGUCCCGUCAAAGUGAUUGAGGAUCCAGAACUGGAUUGCCAGCCGGAUCCAUUCGUCGUCAAGGGCAAGAGAGUUCCAGGUGCCCCCCAGAUGAUCCAGCUGAGCCUGGAUGGAAAACGUCUGUAUGUCAGCACCUCUCUCUACAGCGGAUGGGAUAAGCAGUUCUACCCAGACAUGGUCAAGGAAGGCUCCGUCAUGCUGCAAAUCGAUGUGGACAGCAAGAAAGGAGGCUUAAAAGUGAACGAAAAGUUCUUAGUAGAUUUUGGGAAAGAGCCAAAUGGGCCAGCCCUGGCCCACGAGAUCCGCUACCCGGGUGGCGACACCACCUCCGAUAUCUGGCUCUAACGCUGCCCCCAGCUUCCAGCUCACCAGUUUUUCCUUCAGCUGCUGCUUCUCCCUUGCCUGCUCCUGUGUGCAGUUCCCUCCGGAUAGGGUAUGCCUUGUUCUGCCACAAGGGGGCGCUCACACACCGCACCCACUUUGCUGUGAUUCGAUCUCAACCCCGGGACUUCUGACAUCGGAUUUUUAAGCAUCUCCACAUUCCCGCUUUCGCCCCACUUUCGCUACUGCACAGCCAGGGAAUCGCACAUUUUUACCAAGAAGGAAAUAUUUUAGGCAAUAAAUUGUGCCCACAAUUUUUCUCAGGGAAGACACGGGAGCGUGAAACCCAUGUUUUUCUGUCUUAAGGCUCCCCGUAGCGGAGGAAUUAGCAAAGCCAAUGAUCGUAUCGCUUGUGUGCAGGUAAUCCUCGGCUUACAGCCACAAUGUCAUUGCUAAGAAAGGCAACUGCAAAGUGAGUCGCACAUUUUUUUGUCACGGUUGCUACAUUCAGUCCAUCCGGCAGUCCUUAAGUGCUUGUUGGAAGUCGGUUGGGAAGGUCGCAGACGUUGAUCACGUGACCCAGGAUGCUGCGACCGUCGUGAAUUAUUCAUGCUGGUCGCCCAAACGCCCAAAUUUUGAUCCCGUGCCCAAAACCACCGACGGUCGUAAGGGCGAGGGUCAGUCAUAAGUCUCUUUUCAAUGCUGUUGUAACUUUGAAAUGGUCGUAAGUCGAGGACUGUCUAUAUUUGGAGCAAUACAGGCUCAUCCCUCGUUUCUUGGGCCUGUGUGAAAUCCUUUGAUUCAGAAGUCGUGGAAUACAGACGGGGCUGUUUGUGAUUUAAUAAGCAACAGAGCCCUUCGUGGAACCUCUUAGCGUUACCUCUAGCAAAAGCCUUCAGAAAUACAAUAAUGUAUUUCUUAUCUUUGCUGCUUCGCUGUUCUUUUAAAAAAA